AUGUUGACCGACUUCAUCUUCCACCAGAUGGCUAAUCAAGUGUUCGAGGACGCAGGUGUAACGACGACGCUCUCGCUUUCGUGGGUGUCGAGGUUCAAAGCCCGACACGGCAUCAAGUCUUACAGACUGCAUGGCGAGGCGGCCUCAGUCGAGCUAAAGACCUUUCACCAGCGGCGCCAAGAACUCCGGACCCUUCUCGACGGCUACGCGGCGUGCGAUGUUCUCAAAAUGGAUGAAAUCGGUAUAUGA